CUUUCUUUUCUUUCCCCCCUCCUCUUUUUUCUGUUAUAAGGUUAAUUUAACAAUGAGGAAGCACUUUCAUCCAUUGGAAAAUGCACCUUAGAACACUGUCAUGGCUGCGGGAAUGACACUGAUUUCCUGAGGCUGAAGGUAUGUGAUUUCCAUUGGUGUAAUUCAAUGAAAUUAGAAGAAGAAAAGCUUGCCUCUAUCUUUUGCUUUCUUCUUUCCUGGUAGAUUCGCCUUAAGCAUGCUUGUUGACAUGUACUUUUGUGGUGUUCUUUUCUUGAAUAACUGGGUAACCAUUUUAUCUUUCCUCCAUCUCCGGUCCUUCAUUUUGUGCAAUCGUAUUUUGAACUAUUUUUGAAUUCUUUGUCAACCAUUGCAAGUAGGAGGUUGCAAGAAAAAGUAUAUAUGCUUGGAAUACCUUUACGGGCAAACAGUAAUAGAUAGAUUAAACAGCUAGACUUUGGCAGCACGGGUGGAAAUGGUCACCCAAUGCUUUUGGCAAAGUUUAUACCUUGAGUAAAAGGUUUCGUACGUACUCAAGGCAAUCAUCAGUAAAAUAAGAUCGUAGGAGCAUAACCGAAGGCCAUCAAACAGACAUUUUAUAAUGCACCUCUUGUUAAUAGUUGGAAGCUUGACCCAUUAGCAGCAUCCGACCCAGAUCGUCUGCGUCUUUCAUUAGUCUACAUUCUAUAUUGUCAAUGGCGGAACAGAGGCAGGGCUUCCUCUCUAGGCUCCCUUGGCGAUCACGAGCACGAACUCCUCGCCGGACACCACAAGUCCCUGCUGCCGUUGAAAGCAGCAGCGAAACCCCUACCCAGCCCACCACAAGGGCUCCCCGUGCCCAGAGGUCACCUUUUAGGCCUGCUGGGGUGGCCUCCCCUCCUUCCCAGUCUCAAGCAUCAACAAGAACCGAGUCUCAACCAUCAAAUGAAAACGCUCAAUCCCGAGUUACUUCUCUACCAGCACGACCAUCCCGUGCAACAAGGCAAUCCCGAGCUGCCUCUCAAGCACCUUCACCAUCACGCACAGCUAAACAAUCCCAAGCUGCCACUGAACCUCCUCUAUCCCCAUCUCAGGUCAUCCCUAAACUCCAGGCUGCCCCUCAGCCAUUGCCCAUGUCUCCAUUAGCUUCUAAGACUCAGCCAGAAUCACAUGAAGCUUCAGAGGCGCAAUCCCCGUCUAAAACUCAAGAGGUGCACGAGUCUCCCCCGGGUUCCACCAACCCCCCCUUGCCUGUCUCCCAAGAAGAGCCGAAACUCGAGAGUUUAGAGCCAGCAUCACAAGAGUUGCAGACAAAGGCGGAACAAGUCUCUACGGUUGUUGAACCAAAGGCACCUCAAAGUUCAGAUAGAAAUCCCGAGGAAACUGUUGAAAAGAACGAAAUCAUACAUGAACUCGGGAACAAGGAGAAGAUCGAUGAUGUCACUCGGGAGUUCAGGCAGAGGACUGCAGCAUCAGGCUCAAGCGUACCAAACAAAAUGCAUCAAAAUGCUGCAUUUGAUGCAGAGCAAAAGCAACUAGAGAAAGAAGUGAUUCAUACCAGAACGGGGCCAUUAACCAACUUCAGCUCUAACGGGAAACAAACCAAAACUGUGAUUCCAAAUCUGAAGGACAGAGAAAGGCCUCCCCAGAAUAAAGAGAUCAGGGAUGAUAUUUCUGAGUUCGUUCAUAAGAUGGUUACCGAACAGCCAAAGGAUCCAAUGGCUGACAAAUUAGUUGUCAUGACCUUAGCUGGUGAAAACAGAGGAGCAUCCAUGCAACUGGGCUCAAAAUCGGCAGACAGAGAUGGGACGGUCUACAUUCACAGGGGCUAUAAGAUCAACCAAGACGUGAGCACUGAAGCCACCACUGAUAGAGAGGUAAACUUCGAGAGAAGAGAGUCAAAUUAUUCAAAACAUGAAGAAGACCAGAUGCCAGAAAAAUAUAUAAACAAUAAUGUACAGAGCAUCAACAACUCUAUUGUGUUGGACGGUUUCAUUACCGAAGGGAGUCCUGGUGUACAGAUCGUCCGUUCUUGCAACCACAUGGAACCUUUAAGCCCUGCAAAAAAAACAGAGUCCAUCGGUACCCACAGGGCCGAAUUUAAUGUUACACCAGCACAGAAGCUUACCUACGAGCCCAGAGUUAGAAGAAGAUGUUUGCGAGGGCUUUUCAUGGAGCCAAGUGACUCGGACUCAGAUAACCCCGAAAAGCCCCCGCGUCAUGGUUGCCGCUACUGCAAGGAGAAGAACGAAGAAAACCAGAUAGAUAUUUUCUAA